AUGCCUCGUCAACGCCGUGGUGCCGCCCCUACCCCUGCGCGUAGCGCUCCCUCCCGCCCUACGGCCGCUCCUGCUCGGCCCGCGGCCGCUCCCUCCCAGCAGCAGUCGCAGCCUCACUCGACUGCCGCCCACCCUCCUCAGCCCCAGCAAGCUCCUGCCAUGCCCCAGCAGAGCGCCGGCCCUGGUCUGUUCGGUCAGAUGGCCUCAACCGCAGCCGGUGUUGCCGUCGGUUCCUCCAUCGGCCACGCCAUCGGCGGCUUCUUCGGCGGUGGCUCCAGCGCCCCCGCCGAGGCCCAGCAGGCUCCCCCCGCUCAGGCUCAGCCCAUGGACAACGGCCUCUACCAGAGCAACGCCUCCCAGAGCUCUUACGAGAACCCUGCCUGUGAGGUCGAUGUCCGCAACUUCCGCAACUGCAUGGACGAGAACCAGGGCAACCUCGGCAUCUGCGGCUGGUACCUCGACCAGCUCAAGGCUUGCCAGGCUGCCGCUAAGCCUUACUAA